CGAGUAGAAAUAACAUUCAUCCUCUGACAUGUAAUGACUUGUUUACGUUUGUUGAAAAUGACAGAAUAAGCAACAAUCUUCUUGAUAUACAGCGUAAAUAUUUAUUUAGGUAACGGCGCCGUCCACGAUGGACCUCACGCUCCUCACGUACGCCACGUUCGUCGUCAUGGCGGCAGCGGCCGCCGGCCUGCACUACGCGACGCGCUCAAAGCCGAACCUCACCGCCGUCAACAAUCCCGUGUUCCUCGACUUUCAGCGAGGUUACUUCCUCGCGUACUUCCCGGCGCUGUUCGCCGACUGGCUGCAGGGCCCGUACCUCUACAAGCUGUACAGCGUCUACGGAUUCACCGAGUCUCAGAUCGCGAUCUUGUACGUGUGCGGCACCGCAGCGAGCGUCAUCGCCGGCUACGCCGCCCCGUCUGUCGCCGACCGCGUUGGCCGCCGCGCCCUCUCUCUCGCCGCCGCCGCUGCCUACGCGCUCUCCUGCCUAAUGAAGCUCUCGCGGGACUACUUCGCGCUGCUCUCGUCGCGGGCGAUGGCAGGGGGCGCCGCCGCGCUGCUUUUCGCCGCGCUCGACGCGUGGUGCGCACACGAGCACACGGAACGUCACGACUUCCCCGGGGAGUGGCGGGCGGCGACAGCGUCGCGCGCGGCGCGCUGGAACGCAUGGCUAGCCGUCGCCGCCGGACUCGUCGCUAACGUUGUCGUCGUUGCCGCCGGUCCCGCGUCGCCGUACGUCGUCGCCGUCCUCCCGCUCGCCGUCGCCGCGGCGACGAUCGCCGCUCGCUGGCCCGAGAAUUGCGCGACGACGAUGACGAAGCCGGCGCGGCGGUCGUGCAGCGGGGAGGCGCUGCGGCGCGCGGCUCGGGACGAGGCGACGCUGCUGCUAGGGGGCGUGCAGGCGGCGUUCGAGAGCGUCAUGUCGAUGUUCGUCUUUCUCUGGACGCCGAUCCUCGACCCGGCGCGCCCGCCCCUCGGAGUCGUCUUCGCCGCGUUCAUGCUCUGCGUCAUGGUCGGAGGCGCCACCUAUGAGCUGCUGCGUGCGCGCGUCGCCGCGCCGACCCUCCUCGCCGGCGCCAUCUCGCUGGCGAUAUUCGCAAUGCUGCUCUGCGUCGGCGCCACGCACCCGGAGAAGGCGAGGGCGCCACUAGCGCUCGUCGGGUUCGCGGCGUUGGAGGUCGCCAUCGGGGUGUACUUCCCGGCGAUGGGGUAUCUACGCCGGCGCCUCCUGCCGGACGCUCACCGCGCGGCGAUCGUCGGCUGGUUCCGCGUGCCGCUCACUGUGCUCACGUGCGCCGGACUCAUCUUCCUGCACGGCGACGUGACCGGCCACGGCAACCGCAUCAUCCUCAUCAUCUGCCUCGUGCUGCUGCUCGUCGCCAUGGCAGCCGCCGUCCGGCUGCUGAAGGUCGUGUCGAACGACGAGAGACUCGCGACGACGGAGGCGGAGACUAACGAGCCGAUCUAACGAGGCGAGGCUCUAACGAACCGAUCUAACGAGGCGAGGCUCUAACGAACCUGGUGUCAUGAGUCGCGGCUCUAACGAACCUGAUGUCAUGAGUCGCGGCUCUAACGAACCAGGUGUCAUGAGGCGUGCCUCUAACAAACUGUUUUAAUGAGGCUAAAGCUGGCCUUGGGUCGGAUUGCGAUUGAAUGCUACGCGACACGAACGCACUGCAACUCACUGUGACUGAGUGCUUGGGUCGACAGAGGCGCCACCUAUGAGCUGCUGCGUACGCGAGUCGCCGCGCCGACCCUCCUCGCCGGCGCCAUCUCGCUGGCGAUAUUCGCAAUGCUGCUCUGCGUCUAACUGCGUCUAACUUAGCGCUAACUGCAUCUAAGGCCGGCUUAACAUUGAUAUCGUUUCACAUGCCUUUAUGCAUGUUCAGGUAUAUUUUGAUGAUUGCCAGGUGUAACUGUAAGCUGGGUUGUAAAUUUUCAAUGGGAUGUAAGUGCGAAACUCGACCUGUAAUAUAUUUUAUCCUAUGACAGAG